AUGGCUUCCACAGAGACAGCAAUCCAGCUGAAUGAGCUCGACGGCCGCUGUGAGCAUACGAGGCCCGGUGAUGCUGACGACCAAGUCGAUGACUCACGGCCCGCUCACGAGUUCUCUCUACCGCCCGUUGACGGAGGAAAAGAUGCUUGGCUUAUGCUGGCAAGUGCUUUCUUCAUUGAGGGCCUUGUUUGGGGAUUUCCAUUUGCCUUUGGUGUUCUUCAAGAAUACUAUUCCUCCCAUGAGCCCUUUGCGUCAGACUCGUCCCAUUCCGCAACCAUCGGUACAGUGGCGCUUGGUUUCAUGUAUCUCGGAUCUCCAUUCGGCCUCACCAUCAUGCAGCGCUACCCCCGGUACCGCAGGCCCAGCACCAUCGCGGGCGUCCUGCUGGUGACAGGCAGCAUUGCCGCCUCCUCGUUCGCCACCCACAUCUGGCAACUGAUCAUCACCCAAGGCAUCUUCUGGGCCCUCGGCGCCAGCCUGCUCUACUUCCCCAUCCUCAUCUACAUUGACGAAUGGUUCGUCCGCCGAAAAGGCCUGGCCUACGGCACCAUGUGGGCCGGCACCUCCGUCGCGGGCGCCACCGUCCCCUACAUCUUCACCUGGCUCCUCUCGCGCUACACCUUCGCGACGGCCAUGCGCGCCUGGUCCAUCGUGACCUUCGCCGUCGUCAGCGUGCUCGUCUUCUUCGCCAAACCCCGGAUCCCGGUCUCCACCUCAUCCUCCUCCUCCUCCUCUCACCGCGCGCCCCGCCCCAACCCCAUCUCCUUCCGCUUCGCCCUCACCCGCCCCUUCCUCUUCUACCAACUCGGCAACAUCUUCCACGGGCUCGGCUACUUCAUCCCGUCCAUCUACCUGCCGUCCUACGCGCGCUCGCUCGGCCUCAGCGCCGCGGCAGCCACGACGCCGCUCGCCCUCGUCAACGCGGGCGCCUUCUUCGGCAACAUCGCGGCGGGUGUGCUGAGCGACGCGCUCGACGUCAGCGCCGUCGCGUUCGGCAUCAGCGUCGUCGCCGCGGCCGCCAUCUUCCUGCUGUGGGGGUUCUCGGGGAGCGUGGCCGUGGCGCUGGUGUACGUUUUUGCGGUUGUGUAUGGGUUGAGUGCGGGCGGGUUCCCGGCGACGUGGACGGGGAUUAUUCGCGAUGUGGCGAAGAGGGCGGCGGCGAAGGCGGAGGCGGAGGGGAGUGGAGGGGGGAGUGGGGUGGUGCUCGAGACGGGGCCGGCGUUUGGGUUGCUGGGGUUUGGGAGGGGCAUUGGGAGUAUUGCGUCCGGGCCGUUGAGCGAGGCGUUGUUGCGGCGGACGCUGAUGGCGGGGGGCCAGGGGAAGAUUGCAUAUGGGUCUGAGUAUGGCGUGUUGAUUGUGUUUACGGGCGUGGCGAUGUUGCUCGGUGGGACGGGGUUUGGGGCGAAGAGGUUGGGGUGGAUGUAG